AUGGAGAUGAGUCUGGAUUCAAUUUGUCAUCGCAUUCGUGUGUUGGAUGACCUGAUACAAGGCAAUGUCGCGACGUCAGAGAUCCACACUUCACUUGUCACCAAAGAGGGACUUUUAGAUGCCCUCAUUACACUGUAUGAAGAAUGUGGGCACGAGUUUGUCAAGCAAAACAAACAUGUGGCAGCAUUUGUCAAAAAAUAUGGCAAGACAAUAUGUGAGAUUAAGAAACUACGUAUCAAGGCAACAGAUUUUGAGGUGAAGGAUGCCAUUGGACGAGGACACUUUGGAGAAGUCCUGGUAGUGAGGGAAAAAAGCACAGAUACUGUGUAUGCCAUGAAGAUCCUGCGUAAAAAUGAAACUUUGGCACAGCAGGAGAUUUCGUUUUAUGAAGAAGAAAGAGACAUCAUGGCAAAGGCCACCAGUCCCUGGAUCACUCGUCUUCACUAUGCAUUCCAGGACUCUCUAAACCUCCAUCUUGUCAUGGACUUUCAUGCUGGAGGUGACCUUCUCACUCUGUUGUCCAGACAUGAUGAUAUAUUUGAGGAAUCGAUGGCCAGAUUCUACUUGGCAGAGAUGACUUUGUCGGUGGAUGCUUUACAUAACAUGGGAUAUGUUCACAGGGAUAUCAAGCCAGAGAAUAUACUGCUUGAUUGCUUGGGCCACGUUAAAUUAGCAGACUUUGGGUCAGCUGCCAAAUUAUCGUCUGAUGGACAGGUGUCUUCGCAAAUGCCAGUAGGGACUCCAGAUUAUGUGUCUCCAGAGUUGUUGAUCACAAUGAACAAUGAGCAGCGCCAAAGUAACAAUGGUGUGGAGGUGGAUUGGUGGUCCCUCGGGAUCUGUCUCUAUGAAAUGUUAUUUGGCAAGACUCCCUUCACAGACAAAGGGGGUUCGAUGGUCAUUACAUACUCCAAUAUCAUGAACUUUAAGAAAUGCUUGAAAUUUCCCGAAGAACCCAAAGUGUCAUCUUCGGCUGUGAACCUAAUCCGAAGUCUCCUCACAGAUAAGGAAGAGCGUCUCAGCUUCAAGGGAAUUACCAAACACAAGUUCUUCAGCUCUAUCAACUGGGAUGAAAUUAGACAAGAAAAACCUCCAUUUGUGCCCCACCUUUCUUGUCUGGACGAUACCUCUAACUUUGAGGAACUGGAGAGAGUGCGGUACCAACCUACUUUUGAAGAUUUCCAGAAGCCCCAAGAAUUUACAGGAAAAGACCUGCCCUUCCUUGGCUUUACUUACAUAAGAAAACAGCAACAAGACACUCAGCCCCAAAGUGUUCAAUGUGGUAGUUCAUCUGACUCGUCAGACUUUUCCUCAACUGGGACAGAAUACUAUGUCCCAGCGAAGACUUUACAGGGACAUGCUGACCUUCAAGUCACUCUAACUGUAAAGGUCGCAGAACUAAAGACAAUGAAAGAGAACUGUCACAAGCUGGAGGAGUCGGAGUGCCGACUGAAAGCAGAAAUGGAGCGUCUUAGAUUCAGGAGUCAGGAGAAAGAUGAUGAGCUGUCUAGACUGAAUAUAGAGAAUGAAGGACUUCAGACGGACCUUCAAAGAUAUGUAGAGAGAUCUCAGGAUUUGAAGGAGCAGCUGGAGGUGGCCCUCCAAGAAAGAGACCAUCUGGAGCUGAAGGCAGAAAAUCUGUAUGUUGACUUAAAAGAUAUGCAGACAGAGGCCAAGCAAAUAGAGGCAGAGAUCCACAGGUCAGAGAUGGAAGAGAUUCAGGACGUUGUUGUUGAACUUGAGCAGGAAAAUUGUAACCUGCGUUCAAAACUCAGGAGCCGAGAAAAACAACUGGCAUUAUGCAGGGAGCAGCUUGAAAAUCAACAAGAGCAAAUGUCCAAGCUGCAACGAAAACUAGAUAAGGAGCAACGGAAGUCUGUUGAUGGUAUGAAGCGCGAUGUUUCAAACAUGGAGAAACGAAAUGAGGCAUGGAGGAUGAAAAUGGAAGAAAAAAACGUUGAAGUUUUGGAUCUUAAUAGGAAGAUUCAAGAGCUGGAGGAUCUGUUAGAAGCAUACCAGCUACAGGAGAAGGACUUCUUGGAGAGAGAGCAAGAACUUCUCCGACGUGUAGAUGGAGGUGGCCUCAUAGACAAAAUGGAAUUGCGGGUUUGGCUGAAGUCGUGUCCAAUGCAGGAAAGUAAAGACUCUGAAAAUAGAAAAAGAAGAAUUGAGGAGCUGGAAGAGCGUGUAAAAAUGCUGGACAUUCAGGCAGAAGAGUGGAGAGAGAAAGAGAACAACUUACAAGAUACGAUAGACCAGUCACAGCGAGAGAUGGAUUCACUUAUACAGGAGCUGAAGUCAUCAGAGAAAUCCAAACAUGGCCUUUCUCAUCAGGUGCGGUUCUACCAGGAGGAAGUUAAGCAGCUGAAGCAGAGACUACAGGAUCUGAGUGAGAAUGUUAAACAAGCAAAUCAGGAUGAAGAUGAAAAGGCUAAACAUACCUCCAUGGUAGAGAAGAGAGUCAAGGACCUAGAAGCAGAUGUUGAGCUCUUGCGUACAGAAAGGAGGCGCCUUCUUGCUGAUGUGAUAAAAUUCCAGGAGGAGGUGGAUAACAAAACCUUCAAGGUUGCAGAGCUUGAAAGGGUUCAUACUCAUGUUACGCAGACCAUUUCACGGAUGACAUCACGUCUGGAGCGACUGGAAAGACAACUCACUGACUCCCGUGACAGGGAGGUGGAAGUCAGACUGCGUAACAAGGAGCAUGCUGAUAUCAGACUGAAAAUUGCCAAUGAUAAAAUGAAAGGACUGGAAGAAGAAAAGAAAAAUUUAGAGAAAGAGAAAGAUGAAAAGAAAUCUGAAAUUGACUCUCUCAAGCUCCAGUUGUGUCACUUAGAUGUUGGGAAAUCUGAGCUGUCCCGCGUCAAAGAAGAGUGUGAAAGCAAAUCGUCACAUCUUAUUGAAACUAAGGACCAACUGAAUAAGUGUAAAGAGGAAAAGUUUGAUCUUUCACAGAAGGUAAGACGACUCACUGAUGACAAAGAAACCCUGGAACACUCAGUCAAGAAGUUAGAGGAAAAGGUGGAGAGCCUUAACAAACGUUUAAAGGAGGCAGAAUCCCAGGCAAGGGAGGUAAUCGUACUCAGAAAUGAGAAAGAGGGUCUUCAGAGGAGAAAUGAAGACUUACAAAAAGAGACAAGCAAACUGAACGAGCUAACCGCAGUGUGUAAGGAGAGAGAUGCUCUCACUAUCAAGCUUCAGAGUGUUGAAAAAGAAUUAGAGGAGCAGAAAAUCCUAGCAACAAAACGCUGGAACAAAAUCGCAGAUGCUGAAGAUAUUCGGCAAACUAACAAUUACCUGGAAACAAAGGUCAAAGGUCAUCAGGAAAAGGUGGAACAGUUGGAGAUUAAGGUGAAGAGUCUGGAGGGGGAACUAAAAGCAUCAAAGGAACGUGAGAACCGCAUACAGACUCUGAUGGAGGAUGUAGAUCGACUGAGGCUAGAAAAAAAAUCUCUGGAGGUGAAGAUGAGAGAGCUCCAGAUAGAGACGGAGUCUAAACAACACGAGACUUCUGGUAGCAAACAGAAGGUACACAUUAUGGAGGAGAAGUUCACCAAGGAGAAGGAGAAACAUGACCAGAUUAUUGUAGAGUUGAGACGAGAACUACACGAUGCCAAUCUGGCCCUCAGUGAAGCACGCUCACUUCUGGCUGCUAGUGAGAGACAGGAACGUAACAACAAGGAGAGGUAUGAGUCGGAGAUCCGUGACCUUCAACUCAAGCUCCACAGGUCAGAGAAUAUCAUUGACCUUGAACAAGAACUUAAGCUACUGAAAUCACAGGCUGAGAAAUCUACGAGACAGUAUAAGGAAAUGGAAGACAGAAUAUCCUCCCUCCAAAAAGAGAAGAGUUCCAUCAACAUGGAGAAACAGAUGAUACGGGAUGAAAUGAUCCAGAAGGAACAUCAGUGUGAGCUAGAAGUACAGAAAGUAGCUAAGCUUCAGACAGUAUGUAGCGAGCUAGAAGAACAGCUACAGGACCUUGAGGCUUUGAGUGAGGAACAUGAACGCCAGCAGGGAGAAUGGAAUAAGAUUAGGAAAACAUUUGAGACAGCAGUGGUGGAAAGAGAGGAAGAAAUAGAGGGAACCUCACACAGACUACACGCCUUAGAGCAAGCAAAACAUACAGCCAGUGAGAAGGUGGCAACCAUGAAACAGCAGAUGACGUCCAUGAAGGCGGCUCACAAGGCUGAAAUUGAGUCUCUUAACCAUAAAAUUUGGGAGAUACAGAGGGCCGGUUUGAAAACUGAAUCUCAGGUGUCAGAGCUGAAGGAACAUAACAUGCAGCUCAAAUGUGUAGCUGAUUCACAAAAACGUAACCUGGAGACUGACCUGGAUGAGAAAAGAGCUCUCAAAGAGGAGAUAUCCACGGUAAUGACAGAAUGUCAGGAUCUAAGGACCAAGAAUCUAAAGCUGAAACACAAUCUGGACGAGGCCAUGGAUAAAUUUGAGCUCAUCUUUGGUGAGAAGGUGGACCUAGAAAACUUCACAGAUGCUCUGCAGGGUGUACAUUUCCUGGAGAAAUAUAAAUUUGAGAGCACAAUAGGCCAGCAGAUGAAGCUUAUUGACUAUCUUCAUGCUCUGUGGGCAGAGAACAAUGCUUCCAAGAAGAAGAAGUCGGGCAGUAAGCUGUUUGGAAGUGGUAAAUCUAAGGAUGUAGUUAGCCCUGGAAAUCCAAUACCUUUCCUUGAUCUACAGUCAGCACUUGACCAGGAACGAAAGCGCUGCAAUAAGCUUCAGGAGCAGAACGAGAAACUGAGACAGGAAAAGUUUACACAGGCUAAUGAAUGGUGUGAACAGAACACCACACCUGUUGGAGCUCCGGAGAAAAAACAGUCAGUGCUUAAGUUGGUUGGAUCGCUGAAGGAGAAUGAAACCCUGACACCAAAUGACAGGGCUGCUGUGGCAGCUUUAGUCAGGUCACCUUCAGCUCACUCUGCCCCUGUCAAUCUCCUGACCCCCAGUGUUAAGAGAGCUAGCAGUAUGUACUCCUACCGCCUGCCCCAGACACCUAGUCAGAGGAUGCACCAUAACAUUCCACACCGCUUCGUCACCGGGCUCAAUACACGUGCCACAAAGUGUGCUGUGUGUCUCGGCAGUGUACCUUUUGUCAAACAGGCAUCCAAGUGUCAAGAGUGUCACAUGGUGUGCCACCCAAAGUGUCUGUCAGCGGCUCCUGCCACGUGUGGCCUCCCUACAGAAUAUGUUCAACAUUUCCAGGAAAUAAUGAGCCGUGAUGAUGACACUCCAGUCAACAGAAAGGUAUCUCUGUGUAAGGAUGAUCGACCUAUACACAUGAAGGGAUUCCUGAAAGUACCCAGUACAGGGACACAGGGAUGGGAGAAGAAGUGGGCGUCGCUGGAAGACAACAUCCUUAUGUUAUACAACAACGAAAAAGACGCCAAUCCUGUAGAUUCCUUCCAGCUGAAUCCUCAGGAGACGGAUGUGACAGUACACAGUGCCAUCAGUGCAGCAGAGCUUCCCAAUACUGCCCUCACAGACCUUAGCCAUGUUAUCAAGGUGGAGCAUGAACCACUGACCACAUGUUGGCCUGGCAGAGUUUUAUACCUGAUGGCUAUGAACUUCUCAGAAAAGUCCAAGUGGGUCGCAUGUUUCGAAGGCGCAGUGAAAAACUUUCAGAAAAAUGACGGUGUGAAAAGACAGAAAUUACAAACUACAGUGAUAAUGGAGUUGAUGGGUGAGAAACGACUGGAUUUGAACUGUACCAAAGUUUUCUCCAAGCAGUUGCUGCUGUUGGGAGCUGAUGAGGGAUUGUAUGCAGUCAGCAUGCAAAUAGGCAAGCCAUCAACAUUGACGAAGUUAACUGGCUUCAAAAGUGUCCAUCAGAUAGAGAUUAUCAGUGCGGUGGGCAUGGUUAUCAUGGUGAUAGGUAAAAACAGACGAGUGGUAUGGGUAGAUAAAAAGUUGAUAAAGAUUAAGUUAGAUCAAGCCACAGGAAACGAGUCACCACCCAUUCACUAUGACGAGGUGGAGGGAAUGUUCGGUUGUACAGUGUUGGAGGUGAAGCGACACCACGACACGUUGUAUAUGUGUGUGGGAAUGGUGGACCGUGUCGUCAUACUAAAAUACAACACAGAUCUCCGUGCAUUCUGUGUUAGAAAGGAGCUGAUGACGUCAGAACCAUGCAGCUGUAUGUGUAUAUCAAAUGACUUUGUAAUUGUGGGGACAGACAAGUUCUAUCGCAUUGACCUCGAACAUCCAACCCUGACAGAAUUUGUGGAUAAGAAGGACAACUCGCUUGCUUUUGCUGCAUUUGGAGCAGCUAUACACAAGAGCUUCCCAAUAAAUGUUGUGAAGGUGUCACCCGAGGGACUACCUCUGGAAUUCCUCCUCUGUUUUCACGAAUUCGGUGUUUUUGUUGACAUAAAAGGAAGAAGGAGCCGACCCAAGGAUUGGAAAUGGAGUUGUCUUCCCUUAGCAUUUGGUUACAGCGAACCAUUUCUGUACAUCAUCUACUUCAAUAGUGUCCAGGGUAUUACAGUUCCUGCAGAUAAAAAUGAAACAAGAGGAAAACAAACCAUCCUAGACAUGCAUUGUCCGCGGUACCUUGGCCGAGCCAUCAGAGUUGGAGGGGUGUAUGUAUCAACAAGUGACUGUGAGGGAACAAAGCUGGUGUGUCUCCGAGGAAACGAUGGAAUGAACAUCAACUACUAUGAGGAAAAUAAAGAGAACAAAUACAGUUUGGCUGUAAACAAAGGGAAGGGACGAUAUGCUAGUCCACGGAGAGGUAAUACUAUGGGCACCUCUCACAUGCGAAGACAACUGUCUGGCUCAUCUCUCGACAGUAACAUGAGUGACAUCUCGUCAGUGUCUUCAGUUUCCACAGCAACUAGCGUUGAAAGUUGUACAACCUACGGAUCAGAUUUAUGAUCUUGAACCUUUCUACAGCAUAUGGAUUAUACUGUGGUCAUUGAAACUUUGAUGUCCAUGAAAUUGAAUUUGAGUGUUUGAUGGGGUACCUGAAAACCUGGACUUUACGUUCAGAAUUGAGAAACUUGUCUUUACAAUAAUUUUGAUAUCAGUAUUAACACCUUGUAGUUCUUAAGUCAUCAGAAGAAUGUGCCAUGGAAUUUUUGUGAAAUAAUCAUGUUUAUCAUUGUUUUACCGAUGUUUUGACCAUUUAGUGCAAAUUAUGAUAUGCCCUGCCAAAUUUAUUUACAUUGUCUGUUCACAUGAAUUACUUCAAUAAUGGUAUCCUUGCAUAAUACUUCCAUAUCCUUACAGUGUUUUAUUUGUAGUUAUCACUCAGCGGUUAGUUACAAACGUCAUCAUGAACCCCAAAACAGAUUUAGUUCAUCUUCACAACAUCAUCCAAGUUUUAAGGUCCUAGACCAAACUUCACGAUUGAAAAUUUUAUGUACAAAUUAUCUCCCGAUGUGAAAUUCUUUUCUGAUCUUAACAGAUUUUGGUGACCA